AAAUUUAAAAUAAAGAGCGCACACUUUAUCUUUUUUUUUUUUUUUCUUUAUUUGCUAUUGUUGUGUCUCUUUUACACCAAAGAUGUCAGAAUCCAAAAAUAACAAGACCGCACUCAUUCGGCAGGAACCCUGGUACCUUAACCCAACUUUAUUGUGGUUAUUGAAAUCAGCAGCUAUCAACUUUGUUCUCCCAUUCUUUAAUGGCGUCAUGCUUGGCUUUGGUGAGAUUUUCGCUAAUGAGCUCCUUUUCAAAUAUGGAUGGUUUGGUCGUUCUUUCCCACAACUUGGAUUAAACAACACGAUACCACCAACUGCAACUACUGAAUACAGAAAGACAGUGGAUGCUGCUAUCAAAAGAGAAGAGAAGAAACAAAAAUAACUGUAAGGAGUCUAUAAGGAAUAUAUACAUAUACACAGACGUCAUCCAUUCCCCUCUUUGUUUUUCUAAAGACACUAUAAUAAAUAAUGUAUGUGUUGCUGUUGAUUGUAAAUAGUUGUAAUCCUGUCCUGUCAAUCUGAUCACAAGGAGAAGUAAAGGUGCAUACAGACACGGACGCGCACACAGUAUAACGCAUAAGUUUGGCUAAAGUAGGCUCCCCUGUUGAUGAUGUAUCAUUUGAAACAAAAGCAUAAUCAUAGCACGCGUUAGAUUCAUAAUGACUUGAUGUAAGCCUCUACUGUCUUUCCGUUUCUAUUGAUUUGUCGUUCUUUUUUUCCCUCUCAG